GACACUCCCUCCAUCCUGGACUGGCCUCUCCCUCAGCCGUCUUACGACGAGGUCGCCACGGAGCUCGAGGACCAAUCGGAGGACCAGGAGGUGAAGUCUAUCAACAGGCGUCUGAGUGAGGAGGCCACGCCUGGCGCCACUGUUGUGGGCAGGAGCGAGUCGCAGUCAGCUGACCUGUUCCAGGAACUACAGAGAGAGGUGAUGGUGAAACUGCAGGUUCCCAUGGCAACGGGCCGCUCCCUCCCCUCCUCCCCUCUCCCGAUCCCUCUGGCUCCGUUGGGCCCCCACAGACAGAUCCUCCUCCCUCCUCCCUCCCCCUCCUCAACCUUUGCCUCCUGCUUCGAGGACCGGCCGGUGCUACCUCCUCGCAGCCCUGUCCCCCCGCUGCGUCCCUCCAAACACAACCUCUCCGUCCGCACCACCCAGCCGCAGGUCCGCUCCAGCUCCAUAUCUGUGGGGGACGAGGAGGACACGCCGCCCCAGAUCCCACCUAGGGACCACGCCUUUUCUCAGCCGGGCUCCCGCUCCUCCUCUCCCCUCCCACUAGCCCCGCCGCCCUCCGCCUCGCCCGUGGCUCUUCCCCCUCCUCCCCUCUUCGUCUCUCCACGGCGGACGGCAGGACUCCUGGGUCCCCUUCUGUCCUCAAGUUCCCCGUCCUCCUCCUCCUCCUCUCCACUGUCUCAAGCCACAUCCCAUCCUUCACGCCUCGCAGCUCCCGGCUCCUCUUACUCCUCCAGUCCUCUUCUGGACCCUCUCUCCUUCCGUGAGGGACGCGGCCUGUCCUCGUUGAUUGACAGCUCCCAGAGCUCUGCUCCUGCCCCGCUGCCGGAGAGACCAGCUUUUCUGGAAAGAUACGGAGCAGCCAAUAUGGUGGCAGUCAAACCCAUGAUGCAGCAGAAACCAGGCGGAGCCAAACCUAAUUCCUCUUACAACAACAACAAUGGGUGGACUGCAGCUCCCAGCAUGCAACAGGAGCAGAGCAUCACACAGGUGCAGGCAGCAGUGCAUGGUGUCACGAUGGAGGAGUGUAAGUCCGCCCUGCAGAGUCACAACUGGAGGAUCCCUCAGGCCGUCAACCAUCUGAAGGUGGAGCAGUUGUUUCGGUUGGGGCUGCGGUCGAGAGCUGAGUGUGAGAAGCUUCUGCAGCUCAGCCAGUGGAACCUGGAACAGGCCAGCACGGUGUUGUUAGAGACGUACGGACCCCAUCUGAACAGGAAGUGACAGCGGUCACAACGAGGUGCAAACCAACAACUGAUGAUCCCCUCGGGAUGACUCAUCGCUCCGAGGACCCAAGACGUAGCAAUGCUUCUUAAUGAAUGGAGGAAUAUAAGGCAGUAUUACGUGCCUCACUCUAUGUACUGUGAACACUUGCUACUACUUGCGUCAUAUACAUGCAUGCUCAUCAUUAGCUUACAGAGCAGCUUGUUAAAUGAGUCACACACUAUGUACUUGAAACGUUGAUAUUUAUGUUUUUGCUACUUGCAUAACGAGAGUAGAGUUUUUUUCCGCUGAGCGCUACUGCAAACUUUUUGUGGGUGUGAGAUUUGCGUGCAUGUGUGUUUUGCGUGUGUGCAAGUCUGAGCUUACACCGAGGUACCAACACUGUAAACGUCCAUGCCUUUUCGCUGUUAAUGAAAUCAGGGAAGUGUGAGCUAACGAGUACUCGUAUGUUUCCGUGAAAAUGUACAGAUAAGACGCUGUAUUGUAUUUAGCACUUUACCGAGUGUGGAUAUUUCCGCGGAUGUGUUAACUGCUGGUCAGGAGAAGAUAAACAAUAUGUCUUGUUAGUGCAGCCAACACAGAUACCGACUGUAGCAUACUGAGUAUUUUUAAUGAAUCAUUUGUGUUUAAAGCUUUGUGAGAGAUUCGUCAAAUGAAAGAAGUUAUCGUAGGCAAUUAAAUCUCAUGAACAACAGUCAUAGUCACUGAGUUAAACAAAUUAUACAUUUAAUGUGAUAUAAAAGUGAUGUUAAGCUUUUCCUCCAGUGAAAACUACUGCUGUAUGAUAAUCACAACAUCAUGAAUAUGUAGUAUGUGUAUGAGUAGGUGUGCUUAGCGUUGUGGAUAUAGAACCUUCACACAUCCUGAGUGUGAUCACACCCGGAUUCAUCAGCAGCUAAACAGAAAAGGAAAUGAUGAAGGAAUCGUUUGUCGUUGCAGCUACUCUGGCUUUUAUCCGGCCAGCGAUCACUUUAACUGAAUCAUUAAAGCAGCUUAUAAAUGUAAUAUAUGCAAAUAUGUCCUGGUGUUUUAUAAUAAACUGA